CGCCGCUGCUCUUUGCUCCCACCCCCCUCAUCGGUGCUGGAAGUACCUGCUGCAGAAUGUCGUCCCAAGUAAAGGCUACUCCCAGAGCAGCCCACGUCCCAAGCGCCCACACCGCCGGUAUCCAAGUCUCGGCUGGUGGCUCCCUGGGCUCCAAGGCCCGCGGCUCCCGCAGCUUCUACGAGUACAAGCGUGUCUACUUUGCUCUCGCUGCUGCCGUCGGCGUCCUGGCUGUCUUUGACUGGAUCCCAAAGUCGCUUGAUGUCAAGCGCAAAGUCCUGGCCCCCUUCUCGCCCUUCACCUACGUCCCCGUGGCCUUCCAGGUCGCCGGCCUUACUCUCUUCUUCGCCAUUGUCGCCUUCUUCCUGACCUCGGGUCGCCCCUACCUCCUGUUUGCUUGGAACUGCUUCAUCAAGCCCUUCUUGACCAAGAAGGCCAACGGUGUCGACACCGAUGAGCACCAGAAGCGCCUCGAGCAGUUUUACGAGGGCCAGGCCGACAUCUAUGACGUCACUCGCCGCCGCCUCCUCCGCGGCCGUUCCACCAUGCUCAAGCUCUGCGCUGCCCAGCUCCGUCAGUACUACCCCCUCCGUGAGGCCGGCAACCCCGUCUCUGAGCUCAGCAGCAAGGUCAAGAACUCGGACGAGCUCCCCUCGCCCCCCCUGUCCCCGUCCAACCCCCGUGGUGCCAACCGCCGCUUUGCCUGGAUCGACAUUGGCGGCGGAACCGGCGAGAACAUUGAGAGAAUGAACCAGUUCUUCCCCAUCUCCAACUUUGACAAGGUCUACCUCGUCGACAUCACCCCCUCGCUCUGUGAGGUCGCCCGCAAGCGCUUUGCCCGUCUCGGCUGGACCAAUGUCACUGUCCUGUGCAUGGACGCCACCAAGUUCAAGGUUCCCGAGGAGGACGGCAACGACAUUGAGAUUGCCCUGAUCACCCUGUCCUACUCGCUGUCGAUGAUGGAGACCUUCUUCCCGCUGGUUGACUCGCUCACCACCAUCCUGUGCCCCACCGGCAUCCUCGGUGUCGCCGACUUUUACGUCUCGCCCAAGCGCUCGUCCGACCCCACCCGCCAGCUCGGCUGGUUCAUGCGCUGGUUCUGGUCCAUCUGGUUCGAUCUCGACAACAUCUACCUCCACCCCUCGCGCCGUGAGUACCUCGAGUACCGCUUCAAGACCAUCAAGUCCCUCAACGGCAAGAACAUGUUUAUCCGUCCCUUUGUCAAGAUCCCCUACUACGUUUGGCUCGGUGGCCAGAAGGUUGCCGAGGAGAUGCCUCUCCUGAGCCUCGACGACAGCGCCCCCGCCAACGACAACGACGAAACCCAGUCCAACGCCUCUGACGACCAGGAGCUUGACUCUGUCGAGCUCCGCUCCGAGAGCCAGCACCACGUCUCUGCCAACCACGUCCACGGCACCGGUGCCAAGUGGCGCCAGGUCUUUGACCCCAAGCUCAUCCCCCGCUUCACCACCUACAUCUACGCCUUUGCCUGGGAAGACCCCCGCGUCGACCUGGAGUUCCUGGACCUGACUCCCGAAGACAAGAUGCUCAUCAUCACCUCUGGCGGCUGCAACGCCCUCGAGUACGCCGCCAAGGUUGGCCCCGCCCGCAUCCACUGUGUUGACCUCAACCCCUGCCAGAACCACAUGCUCGAGCUCAAGCUCGCCGGUCUCAGCUCCAUGACCUACAACGACUUCUGGCGCCUCUUUGGUGACGGCUACAUCCCUGGCUUCGGCACCCUCCUGGACACCCACUUCUCGCCCUUCCUGUCUCCCUACGCCUACCACUUCUGGAAGCAGAACGCCGACUUCAAGAGCCUGUUCACCACCGGCUGCUCGGGUCUCGCCAUCCGUGUCUUCCAGUUUGUCGUCAAGGCCCGUGGUCUCACCAAGUCUGUCAACCGCAUGUGCCACGCCCAUGAUCUCGAGACCCAGUGGAAGAUCUGGGAGACCGAGCUCCGCCCCCACUUCCUCAGCAAGUGGCUGAUUGCCCUCCUCAACAACGACCACUUCCUGUGGGGUGCCCUCGGUGUUCCUCCCGCCCAGAUGCAGAUGCUUCUGGAAGAAGGCUCUGCCCACAAGUACGUCGUCGACACCUUCGAUCCCGUCAUCCGCAACACCCUCCUCCGCGACGAUAACUACUUCUAUUACAUGUGUCUCAUGGGCCGCUACCGCCAAGGCAACACCCCCGCCUACCUCGACGAGGAGGGCUUCAAGGUUCUCCAGACCGACGCCCGACGCCUCGAAGCCAUCAGGAUCCACACCGACACCAUCCUCAACGUCCUCAAGCGCGAGGUGCCCGACGGCGAUCUCACCCGUGUCAUCCUCAUGGACCAUCUCGACUGGUUCAGCGACGAGGAUGCCGAUGCCGAGAUCAGCGCCGUGGCCCAGAAGCUGAAGAAGGGCGGCCGUGCCUACUGGAGAUCCGCCGGUAAAUAUCCCUGGUACAAUACCAUCUUCGAGAAGCGCGGUUUCCGGGUCUACCCCUGCCAGAUCCGCGAGGAGCCCAAGAUGUACAUCGACCGCGUCAACAUGUACGCCUCCUUCUGGUGCGGUGAGAAGCUCUAAUGGGUUUUUUGGCCUUGCGAGAACUGAGGACGCUCUUCCCCCCGGGGUCCUGCAUUCCGCCGACCGGCCGAGAGAGAAUGAUGUCGUUUUGCUCUUGUUUCCCUACCUGUACCUGUUCCUCUACCCUUCGCCCUCUGUGAUUGUCUUUCUUGGCUCUCUCUGUGGUCGGGGUGUUGCCUCCUUGGUUUUGGCUGUGCUGCGCUGCUGUUGCUGCUGCUGCUGUCGCUUCUGGUGUUUUUGGCAACAGGACCGGGCGGGAUUCUCCUUGGGCUCGCCCGUGGGGGCCCGCAAAGGACGAUGCCUUCCUGUUCAAUGACACCUGUAGCGGGGCGGUGGAGGCCGCAGAUGGAUAUGCACGCAAUGCCAACAGAGGACGGCAACAACCUGCCGGAGAGUGGGCAAGAACAGUCCAUGUAAAUGUCAAAAAACCACCCCAUCCGCAAUAUAACAGCGUUUCCAAAA